UCUGCUGCAACCAGCCCACAAGAUGCGAAAGUAUUUACGUCAACCUCAGCAUCUUUUGUCCUUUGACAUAAUGAGUGUAGAAAAUGUAAACAGGAAGCACACGCCUCUCACAUUUGUUGUCAGGAUUUGCCAACAUCACUUGCUAAUCAUUUUCGCUUAUUCGUCCUCUGAAGAUGGAGUAGCAACUAACAAAUAUUCGUCCUUUUUUUACGACAACAAAAUGCAUCUGUUGGCGAUCUUCGUACAAGUUUUUUCCCUGUUCUAUUCGACAGAUGCAGUAACCCAUCUGGAAAUCUAUCCAGGACAGCAAUGCAGCUACAACUAUGACCUUGAAGUCCAUACACAUCGUGGAGAAAGAUCUACAAAAGAACUGAACUUUAAAAUCAACGCAAGGGUGAACUUGGAAGUGCUCGACCGUCACACGACAGAGAAUGAUGGUUACGUCACGAAGCUUGAAUUACGUCAUCCGCGCGUCAUUCGUUCAAAAGGCGGACGAACAAUCAAGCACGUCGUUGACCACAAUUUGGAGGAAAAACUAUCCCAGCCAUUUUUCUUUGUUCAAGAUCCAAAGGGAGAAAUUACACAUGUGUUUUACCCGCAUGAUGACUCAUCUGAUUUUAUCGGAAUAAAAAAAGGUGUGGUUAGUGCUUUUCACCUGAAACUCAAUCCCGAUGUAAAGAUGACGUCGUUCAAUACUGAGGAGGAAGAUGACUCCGGUAUCCACGUCACCUACUAUGACGUCACCCAUCGCAACGAUACUCACGCUGACUUCACAAAACAAUGGAGUGGUGAGGACUAUUUGAAACACGCGGAUGGGCGUCCUGUGGAAGGCGAACAACACGUGAAGAGCCGCUAUGAUUCCACUGUGAAGAUCGAGGACAAUGUUAUUAAAUCUGUGAAGAAAACUCAUUUCUCCCAUCUGCAUGAUAAGAAUCAGUUUAAACGCCCUUUGAGUAACCCAGAUUUUCAAAACCAACCUAAUUUUGAUAUCAAAGCCUCGGGAGAGAGCCAAUUAGACAUGUUAAGUUGUUCACGAAAGCCUCGACGGAGUGAAAGGUCGCUGACAGACGAGAAUCCAGCCAUCUCGUUGGCUAAUCUCAAACAAGAUAGCCUGACUCAUACAGACGUUCAUCGAUUGCAUUGGUCGAAAAUUGGCAAUCUCGCGAAGCCUACCCGAACAUUUUACGAGCUGCUUCGAUGUUAUUCGGAUUCCUCCGUGAAGAAAACCGAGCUGUCGCAAUGUAUUAAAGAGCUUCAUUAUCUUGCCCGAACAGACGACGAAACUCAUCGAACAAUUGCCGAGCUUACGUUGUCCAGAUCUCAUCGGAACUUCUCGUCAUGGUCCGGAUUGGUCGGAGCUUUGGUUGUGAAAGGAGACUACGAGACCCAGAAGGUUUUAGCCCGGGCACUUUUGUCCGAGGAACCUCGGCCUCUAAAUGACAAAGAACAUUCAAUACUUCUCGAGGCGGUAUUCUUUAUCCCGGCCGGACCUUUGUACCCGGAGCUUUUACAAGCUCUGCUUUCUCUGCAUAAAAAUAACAGCAAGAGCGAUGAGGUUACAGUUCGUGCGAUGCUGGUCAUGUCUGGGUUGGUUCGUCGUGUCCACGAGGCUGGUUACAACAGAUCCCUGUCCGAUGACAUUGCUCAACACUUACACCGGAGUUUUAAAACUCAUCCCGCACGUUUCCAUGACGACGAAAGCGAAUCACGCGAGACAUACCUUCGCAACCAUAUAUGGGCUUUUGGCAACUUGGGUCACGAAUCGUCUCUGAAUACAAUCGUCCGUCAUUUGGACCACGACAGCUCUGGGAUUCGCUACUCCGCUGUGUCCGCGCUGCGCAAGCUUCCAUCCCAAGACACUGACCAUCACUUGUUGCGGGCUCUGAAACAUGACGAACACGUGACGGUAAAAACCGGCGUCAUCGAAGUGUUCCUGGAACGUCGACAGAACAUUUCAGACGACAUGCGUGAGGGUAUCGAGGACGCACUUUGGUCCGCCGAGGAGGGUGAUGAGCUCGACUCGAAAAUUACGGAGUUUUUGAACAAGCAUGGCGAUGACUCACACCACACAAUCAAACAACUACGAAAGCGAAGGGCAGCCAUACAGAGGAAGAAAAGAGCGCUUAUACCAGCAUUGAGACCGAGGGAGUUCGCGUUGGGACCUAGGCGCGAAUGGAGGAAGGCGUUUGGAGGAAAAAGAGCUGGUGCUGAGGCCAUCAUGAGAUUCAUAAACCAAGUGAAGUUACAGAUCUCGAUAUUUGGCGGGAAGUUCGAGGUAGACAUGGAUAAUUUAGCCCUCCUUCGUGCACACGUGAUCAAGUGGCAAUUUGACGUCAUUAACGGCAAGGCGGCGUUCAAAAUGGCGGCGCGGUUCAAGAACGACAUCCCAAAGGACCUAAUCCACACGAUUUCCGACACGGCCGACGAUAUUCUUGCCGCUGCCGAUUCCAUAACCAGCAUAUUCACGAAACACAUCCAAAACUUCAUCGACAAAUUGAAAAACUAUCUUCCGUUAGACUCAAAUGCUUUUCUAGAUUUCAUAACAAAGGCUGCUGAAUUCCUAAAGCGUUCUAUCCAAGCUACACGCUUCGGACGAUUUUUCAGUCAAAUUGGAAAAUUUCUGAAGAACGCUUUACGUGCCAACGGAUUUUGGAGAAAAAUUGCCACUCUUAUCAACACGCUUUUGAAAAAUCUCAAAAACCUAAGUCUUUCCAAUGGCCUGUUUGCGGAAGGAUUUCAAUUUCUGACCAGAUUGGUGGAUCUCGUUUCGAGAAUUGCCUCUGAGCUUCCCCGUUUUCCGGGAAAUUUCAACAUAAAAGACUUCCUAAAACAUAUCUCCGGCCGAUUCGAUUCGAUCGGCGAUGCUGUCGGAGACUAUUUCAAGAAAUUAGGGUUUAACGUCCCUGGAAAUUUCUUCGGCAUGCUGCAUUUCAAAAUCACCCUGCGUUUUCCAAUUUCCUUGGAUAAGUUCAAAACUGUCACGGUGCGUUUGAUAAAUUUCGGAAACAAUUUCUUGGAGAUGCUUUCUGUCUUCCGAGAUAUGAUUAAGAUCGAGUUACCCAGGCUUAGACUUCCAGAAUUUGGUCUUACGACUGGCGGAAGUAGACUCUUCGACUUUGGUUUGUCGUUCGAUUGGAGAGUGAGGUUCAAUUUUAGGAUCAAAUUUUCCGGACCAGAUUUCGCGAAACUCCGAAACUUUUUCAGUUAUUUAGCGGAAAUCUUCCAGCAGCUGAACGGCCCGAACGUUGAUUUGGAAAAGUUUUUCCGAGACUUCCUACCAAAUCUGAGAAUCAAGUUAGGAUCCAUAGACCCAGACCUUUUCCGGAAUACGACAGGAUUGAACAUCGCCCAGUGGUUCCGAGAAAUUAUGAAGGAGUUUGAGAACAUUUUAGGGCUGCAAGAUGGAAAACUCUUGGACUUCAGUGACACUUCAAAAUUCCUAGAAGAAUUAGGCAAGGAAGCUGCUAAGUUUUCUAAGAAAGCACUUAAGAAGGUUUGCAAGUUUCAAGGGUUUAUGUUAAAAUCCUCUGGAAAAUUACAAGAAUUUGGGGAAAAUUUGGAAAAUGAAACAAUAAUUGCCAUCCGACGAAUCGAAGACGAGGCUCAAAUGGUUAUAUCGGAAAUUGUUAACGUCACCUUGUUCGUUGAUAGACUUAUAGAUGAGCUUCAGAAAAACCUUUCAAACACCGCAAAGAAAUUCGUAGACAAAUUUUUGACGAAGUUGGAAACCUCGCUUGAAAACGUGAAAGAACUGGCCGACAAUGUCGCGGAGUUCACGAGUAAUUCGACGGACAAACUGGCAGGGUUUUGCCACAAAACCGCAGAUUUAUCGGGCGAAGUUCUGGACGAUAUUCAGUCGGAAGCCGAGAAUGCUGUCAAGGAACUGGCUGACUUCAUUACAAGCAAUUCCAAAGGCAUCACAAGUCUUGUGAAUCGCUUCAAAACUGUCGUCACUAACGUGGAAAAAUGGCAAAAAAAGAACUUGCAAAAGCGAUUGGGGAAAUUUGCCCGGGUUGCGGAAACGCUCGAGGAAUUCUUGUCCUUGCUUAAAAACGAAAACAAAUUUUUGAGAAGAGUUUACAAGGUCUCAACGAAUAUCAACGAUGUUCUGAAGUUCUUGAAAAAUCUUCCGGAGCACGCCGAGAAAGCCCGUCGGUCCGCCGAUAAGGUCAACGAAUUCGCCACGAAUGCUGCACGAUGGGAAACCGAAGUUCAGAAACUUAACAUAAGAAGGAAAUUCAAAUUGGAUUUCGACGACAGGCUGCGAAAACUCUGCAACGAGUUCCACACACUAGCUCAGGAUUCCGUUAAAAAAAUCCAAGGGGAUAACCUCUUCAGAACUUUCCGAGAUUUCGUCACGAAAGAAACAGACGCUUUGAUAUCUAAAGGUGUUGGCAAAUUGAAUUUAUUGAAAGAGCCAUUACAACGCGUUCGCGGGGAACUGGAGAAGGUUUCCGAGUCUGUAAGCGAGGUUGAGGCUGUCUUGGUAGAGAUGAAACCAUUCUCCAAAAACUUCUCCCCGAUUCUGGAAGAAGUCAGUCAACUACCAAACUGUUCCGAAAUCCAGUUUAUUUUGGAUAACAUCAUCACAAAAUGUGGCAAGGGUGCGAAGGCCUUUGGUAAGCAAGCUUAUGGCGAGUACAAAGAUUUGAGAUCGGAGGUAAAAGCGUUUCUGGAACUUCUGCCUGACGAAUGGGAGAAGUUGAGUUUACGAAAAUGUGUGAAAGGAGGAACGUGUUUGUCCGAGGCGUUCACGAAACAGGCUCAAGGCGUUUCGACGAAGAUAACCACUUUGAAAAAGAAGUUUGAUAAUAAAGAAUUGUUCGAAAGUUUGGAACCGUGUCAGGUUGCCGUGGAAGAGGUCUCUCGUGUCGUGGAGAAGGUGAAAAAUAUUUCAAUUCUGGUGGAGGAAUUUACCUUGAAAGAUGACGUGAUGAAGAUCAAGGAUCUGGCCCGCAAGAUUACUGGGAAAUUUUCUGGAAAGGAUAGUCAGGUCAAAAAGCGAUCUGUUGGCGACCUCGUUAAGAAAGUCAAAAACCUUGCCCAGCACAUCAAGAAGGCGAAGGAGACGAAAGAGAAAAUAGAAGCACUUGUUGAAGAAGUAUUUGGUAAACUAAAAAGCAUCUAUUCCGACAACAUUGAACCGUUUCAAGACAACUUAAAAAACGUUCAACAAAAGCUACGUUUGUCGUACGACCUCAGUAAGAAAUCAAACUUCAUUAAUCCAAGUUUACAAGCCGUAGAUACAGUGGUCGGCGCUAUGACCGACUUCACAAAAGUUGCUCAAAAUGUCGUUGGCCCGUUAGAGGGGACCGUUUUAGACGUGCUUUCAAAAACCGCGGACUUCACCGACAUUUUUGACAACAAACUCAAAAACUACGGAGACAAGGUGAAAAAAGUUUCGGACGAAGUGAACAAUUUUCUGGAUAAGAUCAUCUCGUUUUUGAAUACGAUUCAACUACGUCAGAAGGGGUUGGAUAUCCGGGAAUAUAAACCCUGGGACCAAUACUCGUAUUGCUCGAACGACGUGUGCCUGAGGUUACUCCGCAGAUCUUCAAAACUUUACCUAAAAACUGUUUUCCUAUGGAAAUACCCGCAUUUGGACGACCUGUCGUCUUUUUCCAAGUCAGGCAAGUGGCUCGUACCCGGGCUCUUCGACGACUACAAAGUGCGCAGCAUUGCGCCAUUGUCGAAAAAUGAAGUGAUCCUGGGCAUGCGCGGCGUUGCCUCCAAUACCGACAAAGCUUCCCUGUUGGUCGUGGUCGACAUAAGAUCUUCGAGUAGUCGAAUUUCAAAGAUCAUUCAACUUCAGAAUAACGGUCAGCCUUUCACAGGUGACAUGGGAGGCCUUGCUGUUGUCAAAAACACGUUCAUUUGGACAACCAGUGGAAGUAAUCUGUAUGGCGUAAAAUUAUCUGAUGUUCGUAACAGCAUGUCAAAUAGCAGGCCAUCCAUCAUCAAUAUUGCUAAAACAAAGUCGCUAUCACAUCAAGCAACCUCGCUUUCUUACGACAGUCGAGACAGUCGAAUCUGGGUUGUUGACAGUGGAAGUUUCAAGGUCCAUUCCUAUGACGUAAGUCCGUUUGGUGGCGUGUUACUGCACAAGCAAACACUCGAGACGGGACAGCACACGCGUGGGUUCGCGAUUGUGAGACAAUUUGGCGUAAAAUAUGCAGCGGUGGCCAAGUGCGCGCUGGUUGCUGGCUUCCAAUGCAAGUUGGAAUUCCAUAAAGUCGACACGGGAGUUCUUGACGAAUCGACUCUCCAUAGAGUUGUGCGAACACCCACUGGCCUGGAAGGCAUCCAGGCUGUGGACUCAGAACACCUCGUGACCGCAUUCUCAAGCGGAACGUUUUCGGAGAAAGACAAGAUCGAGCGGAUAGCAGGCGAUUUCGAGGACCGCUUUUUCAAAUUCAAAGUACCGAUUCUCUCAACAGGUUUUGACAUCACGGAGAACUGCGUCUACCUCAAAGUAGCCUGGGACUGGAUUAUACCCGCAAAGCGUUUAUUUCCCAUCGGUCAAAUGAUAUGCGGGCAACGUCGGAAGCGCAGCGCUCUGGAGAAAGCUUUGGAUACCGAUGUGUACACCGAAGAACUUGAGGUACAUAGGAGGGUUCGACGACAAACAACUGAAAGCGUCCCCUGCUCUUGGAACUUGGAGGGAGAGCCCAAAACAGGUUCCUUUCCGAUAAUUCCGGAAAUCGGCUUCAUCGUUCCAGUGUUUGGAAUUCCGGUUUAUUUCUAUUUCGGGGCAGAUGCUUAUUACUAUGCAAACUACAGAAUCUCGCUGUGCUUACGCGAUAGAGAGGUCCGUCUUGCGAUCAUUCCAGGGGCGUGGGUGACGGUAUACGCGGGGGCGAGCUUGGUGGUGCUGAUCGUGGAAGGGGGUGUGACGGUGGAGGCGAAACUACUGGAGACCUACCUUAUCCCUGAACUUGCUGUGCGCGUCGAUAAAUGGCCGUUGCGCGCGUGUUUGGAACUCAAGAUGCAAAUGACGCCGUUGUCCAUUCGCGUCUACCUUUGGUACAGAUUCAGAUUGUGCAUAAGAAUCCGAGUAAAGAAAUGGUUUAGAAUUCGUAUUCAAAUCCGUUGGUGCAGGAAAAAAACAUUUGCGGAAUGGAGUUGGUCGUCUAGAUCUAUUCACAAGACCUUGUUCAGUAAUUGCAAACGUGAUGUGGACAACACACCCCCCGGUGUUGGAGUAUGUAGCGCAAAGCAGGUCGGGAAUAAAAAGUAUUUCGUUCAAUGGCGUGAAUUUACCGAGGAUACAAAGAUUCAGAAUUACGUCGUCAUCAUAGGGUCGAUAAGGGGGUCUGGUGAUGACCAUUAUUCCAUCCACGGCGAACGACAGAGCUUGCUAGUUUCAGGUCUCGAUAUCAUGCACGGCCGUUCCGUCUACGCUGCAGUUUACGCGUAUAAUGGUUUUGGAUUAAAAAGUCCAGUUGCACAUUGCCCUGUUUUCCAAGCCAAGCGAAGAUCUCCGAUUAUAACGUUCGUCCACGAUGGUGAAACGUCGGGAGAUAUCGAUUACCAAUCGGAUACAACAAGCCUCGCUGUUAAAUACGGUUUUGUAGGAACAUUUGGGGAUUUGUCGAGUGUCAAAUGGGGGAUAUCAUCGUCACCAAAAUGCACUUUGUCUGAAAGCGAGGCUGAUAUUCUUAGUAUGAGAGAGAUCGGAGAAAGUCAUACCAUUAAAAAGACUGGACUCGAGCUCGCUAAUGGCGGGAAAUAUUACAUUCGCGUGCAGAUUGUAAACCUCCUGGGAUUGGCCACAGUGGCAUGCAGUGAUGGCGUUACCAUAGAUACGACUCCACCAGUUCCACGUGACUUCACGGUGGGUAAAGACGGUACGGGAUUUGUACCUUCGGUAAGACGAAUCUCCGGUAAGUUCCAGCAUUUCUUAGAUAUUGAAAGUCCCGUCGUGCGCUACGAGUGGAAGCUUGUUGAUGAAGAAACCGGAAAUGUGGUCGUACCUUUUAAGACAAUACCGCUGACUCAAACGUCACCGUUGCUCGACGGCUUGAACUUGAUUUCUGGGAAAAAGUAUACAGCUGUGUUGAAAGGAACAAAUGCCGCUGGUUUAUAUUCUACGGUAAACGUUUCAGGCAUUAUUCCUGACGAUACAAUCCCGGCAUGCAGCGGUCCACCGAGUGACGUCAUAAGCUUUGAUGACGUAAUAGACAAAGAUUUUGUACGGCAGCUUAGUAACCUCACUGCAGUGUUUUCGUGUUAUGACGGUGAAAGUGGUAUCCAGACCACUCGUGCCGCCGUAGGCACUUACCCGGGCGGGGAAAACGUCCACGCGUUUGUCGACAUUGGGCAGCUCGCAAGUAGAAUAUCUGAUGACAGCAAGACCACGUGGGUGGCUUUUAUUGACGUGAAUGUUACGUCAUUGGUUCGGUAUUACGUCACAAUAAAAGUUCGAAAUAACGCAGGUCUAGUGAAGACAAUGUCCUCAGAUGGGAUACUCAUUGAUAUAACAGGACCGACGGUGUUACCCAGCUACAUUAGAGAUGGAUAUCAAGGGAUAGACAAGAAGUUUAGCUCAGGUUUUGAUGUGUUUCCAACUCACUGGGAAAACGCAUUUGCGGACGCCGAAAGCGGAAUCGGAGAAUACUUUGUAGGUCUGGGAACAAGUCCGGGAUCUGACGAUCAAUCAGCAUUUAGAAGCAAUGGUGUGAGCACGCGAGCUAUGAUCAGCAGUAGUGCUUUGGAAAGUGGUGUAACCUACUAUGUAACAGUGAUAGCAUGUAACCGAGUACGCAUGUGCGUGAAUGGUAGCAGCAAUGGCGCUAUGGUCGAUUUUAUACCUCCCCACACGGGCGCCGUUAUAGCUGGUCAUACUGGUCCACCUCUGGAAGUCACGUGGAUAAACAAAGCAGCAUGGGCCCGCUGGCAGUGGUGUCCAGCGGACAAAGCCAAAAAGCAAUUCGCUGCCGAUACUUGCGACUUAUUAAGCUUCUACGACAAACAUUCUGGAAUUAAACAGUUUGGACUGUCUGUCCUUUCAUUCGAUACCGCUGAGUUAUUGGUUCCCGUCAAGACCGUGGGCCGUGUUGUGAUCAGUGGUCUACACGUGGUUAUGCCAAAUGGUGUAUUUUCUGUCGUUGUGGAGGCCGAAGAUCGUGCUGGAGUGCGAUCGAAUGCCAUAUCAGAAUCAUUCAUCAUUGAUGCCACGCCACCUCAAUUGGUGAAGCUUCACCAUGGUAACGAAGAUCAACCAAUCAGAUACACGCGAACCCAACUACACGUCUUCUCGGCGUACUUCGAAAUGGUCGAAGAUGUAUCGGACGUUGCUCGGUACAGUCUCGGAGUGUCGUCGUAUCCCGGAGGUGACGAUGUCGUACCUUUUGCAACCCACGAACCUGAUGUUGUAUCGAAUGUGAUUCGUGUAAAUUGGACAGCAAAAACUCCAACAACUUUAGAAAACGGACGAAAAUACUUCAUUUCAGUAAAGGGCGUCAACUCUGCCGGGUUAUUCAUAGUUUCCUCAUCACCGCCACUAAUUUUCGACAACGAGGCACCUUUAGUUGCGCACGUUUUGGACGGUUGGAGCACGCAAGACGCUCAGUAUCAUUCGUUUCCGACAAUAUUCCGAUUGCACUGGCGAGGAGUGACGGACAUUUCCGGCAUUGAUGAGACCAAAGUUUGCCUCAGCUCCACCCAAGACACUAAAAAUUGUGAUAUCCAUCCUAUGGUGAAAAUCCCAAACUCUCUACACUCCUACUCGUUUACAAAUAUCAACCUUCAAUCAGGGACAAACUCCUACGCACUGCUGCAGCUGAAAGACAACGCAGGUAACCUUGGUAACUAUUGGACAGAUGGCGUGUUAGUUGACACCAGUCCUCCGGUGAGCGGACGAGUCGCGGAUGGCCAAGGCGGAAGAGACAUAGUCUACCAACGUGAGACAAACAUACUGCACGCAAGCUGGAGUGGUUUUUAUGAGAACGAGACUUCGAUUCAUCAUUAUGAGCUGGCUUUUGGUACUUCGGAAAAUACUUCAGAUAUUCAACCUUUCACUGAUGUUGGUCUGGUCACAUCGUCUGCCAGUUCAAACUUGCUUGUCUCAGAACUUAAAAAUGGAGUGAAAUAUUAUGCAAGAGUUGCAGCAUUCAAUACAUUAGGAGUUCCCAGCAAGAUCGCGACUUCCAAUGGAGUAUUAGUCGAUUCAACUCCGCCUACUUUCUCUUCACCAGUUUCCGACGGAGUUGACGCACACCAAGACCUUGACUAUACAAAUGACGCGAGUUCGCUAGCUGUACGUUGGAAAUGCGACGACCCUGACAGUGGAUUGACUCAGACAUUCGUCGGGUUUGGAACUCAGCCUGGAGUACAGAACGUUGCAAGCUUUCGGCGUGUACUACCAUACCAAACCUCGUACACUCUAAAGAAUCUUACUCUCUCCCAAGGCUAUAGAUAUUUUGCGACUGUCAAAUGCGUCAACCGAGUUGGUCUACAAAAUUCAUUGUCAAGCGAUGGCGUCACUAUGGAUUCUACGCCACCGUUGCUUGGUUACUUGAAUGACGGCAUCAGCGCUCACAAAGAUGUUGAUUAUAUUGGGAUCGGCCCUCACGUGAGUGCAAACUGGAAAUUUACUGACCCAGAAAGUCACGUGGCCAGAUACACAAUUUCUAUCCACGAGAUUGCAAAUGGAAAGCGUGUCGUAGAACCGUCGGAAAUACCCGGGAAUAAGCGGAGCGCGAAUAUUGCUUUGAAAGAAAACGAAUUGAAACACGGUCAGAGGUAUGCUUUUUCGGUGACGGCUCAAAACGGUGCUGGACUCAAUACGACUGGAGUAAGCGAUGGCUUCGUUGUUGAUGGCACGGCACCAGUGUGUGUAAAUGUAUACGGUACAACAUUGGAUGGAUCUGAGACUAUUUUUGUUGGUCAGACAAGAAAGAUCGCAGUUCACUUUGAGUGUAGUGAUCAAGAGACGGGGGUAAACACAUACCAGUUUGCUAUUAAAGACCGCAAUACUUCUCAAUAUAUUCUUCCAUUUCAUAAAAUAAAAGGUAUCUCAGCGCUCUCGACCCUCGCGGUCGUUGAUGGCGCUGGUAAACGGAUCCUCAAACUUCAAAAUGGCGGACGCUAUCAAAUCGGCCUGCGCGCCACGAACAAAGUAAACCUUGCGAGAGAGUACUGGACACCAGACGUCAUAGUCGAUACUACUCCCCCCGUAUUUAGCAAAGUUGCAGCAUCGUUUAAAGUUCAAAGUGAAAGUAUUGAAAUCACUUGGAAACUGGUUGACUACGAGAGCGGCGUGGAGUCAUUGUCUUGGUCUCUGAAUACAUCACCCGAUGUCGAAAAUCCUAGAAACUUCACGGAAAUUUCGUACAAUUCUUCAAAGCUCGUCAUUUCUGGGAUUCCAUUCAAACUCGGUCAGACUUACUAUGUUUACUUCAAAGCUACAAACAAAGCCGGUCGAUUUACGUCGUUCGUAUCUGACGGUGUCGUGGUUGAUCGUACUCCUCCUUCUGCCGGUCGAGUGUCGGCCGAUUUCGCAGUGCCGUCGAAUUACGAUGGUAAUCCGAACACCACCGAUGGUGCCUCGUUCACAGUGAAGUGGAGCGGUUUCUUCGACCAAGAAAGCGGGGUGAGGGGGUAUAGCUGGGCGAUAGGUUCAUCUGCUGAAAAAACUAAAGUGCUGGGGAGUGCGUUUUACAGAGGAAUCAAGUUUACAGGUACUCUAAAUGGUUACGUUAUAAGAGGUCAAACUAUUUACACCAACACAAGAUACUAUGUUUGUAUACGUGUCACCAACGGCGCUGGUCUGUCCACCACAAGCUGCUCAAAUGAAGUAUUGGUGAAGCUGGGCAAACUGACGGCUGGUGUGGUAUACGAUGGACCGCUGGCUCGGGAUAUCGACUUCCAACUCGACGACAAGGCUGUUUGGCUUCACUGGACAGGAUUCAAAGAUCCUGUAUACGGCUUAGAGCAAUACGCGUGGUGUUACGGACAGGUGACCGCCGCUAACCAAUUGAAUUGCACAACAUCGCUGGCUCGUGUAAAGCCUCCUCUAAAAACAUCCACACAUCGGUUCCAUGGUAUAUCGCUUCUUCAUGGUCAGCGGUACGGCGUCAAAGUGCAGGCGUCGAACCAAAGAGACCAAUCAGUAUCGGCCUUAUCUGAUGGCUUCACUGUCGAUCGAACGGGGCCUACUGCCGAGGGUUUUAAAGUCGGUGGGUCGCGUGGUACCCGGGUAAUUUAUGUAUUUGAUAUCUCCCCCCCGAUAAUUUCUUGGGCAAUGAAAGAAAAGGAAAGCGCAAUAAAAGAGUACCACUUUGGCAUCGGCAGUUCACCCAAAUCCGAUGACUUGUACCCCUUCACUAAACUGGAUGGAAGCCAAAAUUCGAUGGACCUUGCGAAAAUCAAAUUUAACUUCACUCACGGUAUGUCAUUCUUCAUCACAGUUAUCGGAGUGAAUGUGCUGGGACUGGAAACGAGCAUGACGUCACCACAAGUGAUCGUCGAUUGGUUGUCGCCAACGCCAGGCGCGGUUCAAGAUGGGAAUGGCACGAGUGAUGUAGAUUUCCAAAUUGAAACGAAUCGAGUGUCGGCGACAUGGAGCGAGUUCCUGGAUCCCGAAAGCGACGUGGUGGAGUAUUUGUACUGCAUUGGCUCUGCGCCAGAUUCGUGCGACGUUACCAACCAAACGUCAGUAAAAUUGGAGCUUCACGCAACAACACAAGUAAGACUUAAGGAAGGCGAGAUUUACUUCGUCACAGUAACCGCCAUUAAUGGAGCAGGAUUAUCAACAACCUCGUCUUCAAACGGUUUCACCGUUGACACCACUCCCCCCGUGAUUGAAGGCUUCUCGGCAACGUCCGUCAUUGCUGUGAAGCUGAAUUUUCCAAAUCAUGUUACCAAUGUUCACGCUGGUCUGCCUAACACCACCACCACCACCCCCGUCAAACCUGACACUGUCACCGGUAUUUUAACCAAUCCGUACAAGAUUUCAGGGAGGUGGGAGGUGGUGUUUGACCUGGAGAGUGAAGUCAAAAGUGUGACCCUCUGUGCCACUACCACUAAGGAUGAAUGUGAUUUAGUUUCCGAGAAAUCCGUCGACUCAUCUUCUGAGAAUUUAGGUUUAGAUCUGCCCAACCCACUUCGAACUGGGACCGUGUUUAUGUUGAGGCUUAGAGUAGAAAAUGGCGCAGGUUUAGUGUCUAUUGCAUAUUCGGGUAGGAUAAUGGUAGACAGCACACCACCUUUGACAGGGAAAGUCAUGGUCGGAAAAAAGAAUGCCUUGGUGUUCUUACAAGAAGGGCAGUUUCUUCGUGGUUCGUGGCAAGGCUUUGGAGAUCCGGAGAGCAAAAUCAACACGUACCAGUGGAGGGUUUGCUCGGCAAGUCAGAGUUCAAAAUGCGUAUCUGAGUUCGUGAGUGUUGGCUUGAAGACAAGUAUUUUCCUAAAUGACGUUGGAAUUGAUCCGGGUACGGAGUAUAAUCUUGUCAUCAAAGCAUCAAACUAUGCUGAACUAGAAACAACGGCCUUCUCAAAUCCCUUCAUUCUUGAUAAAACCCCGCCCGAAUCUGGCAUGGUGUUCGAUGGUGAUGCGUAUUUAAAGGAUGAAGCAUAUCAAAGUUCCUCUGAACAAAUUUCUGUAAGUUGGAAAGGUUUUCAAGACAAAGAAAGCGGGAUCGUCCGCUACGAGAUCUGCAUUGGCUCAAACUCAGGUCUUUGCGAUGUUCGUGGGUUUGAGGACGUUGGCUUGACCACGAAAGCAUUGAUCAAUAACCUUAAUCUUACACACAAUGAGACAUACUAUACAACUGUUCGUGGCGUUAACGGAGCCGGUCAAACCAGUUUCGCAAGCUCAAACGGGAUUUUCAUAGACCUGACGUCACCUGUUGGUGGAGGCGUUCGUGAUGGAGACAGUUCCGAUAUUGAUGUGACUGUGCAUGAUUCGUACGUUAGUUCCAACUGGGAUGAAUUCCACGAUCCGGAAUCCGGAGUUUUGAAAUACGUCAUUUGUGCCGGCACCGUUAAAGGGUCAUGUGAUAUACUACCUCUGACUACAGUGAACCGUGGGCUUGCGUUAAGGUUGCAAGUGAAGCCUAUUAUAAGUUCCGGGGUGGUUGUGUAUACCACGCUCAGAGUUUACAAUAAAGCUGGUGGGAUAACGGAAGUCUAUUCAGAUGGAUUAUUGGUCGACAGCACACCGCCUAACCCAGGGAAUGUGGAAAUCACAUCACCAAGCUCAACGGUAGGCGACAGAAUAUACCUGACCUCGAAAAGCUUAAUCUGCGCCUCAUGGGACACGUUUACUGACAGUGAGACAAACAUCGUUGAUUAUCGUUUUUCACUUUGCUUGGAGCACAGUAAACACAACUGUCCCAUCCUUGCACGGGGUCUCAACAACAAAACAUCGGUGUGUAUUGAAGAGCCAGAGAUCACGGAAGGUCAGAGUUACGUCAUAAACAUCACAGCAACAAACACAGUUGGUCUAAGCUCAUCUGCUAAUACUCUUGCAUUUAUUAUCGAUACAACGGAACCUGACAUUGGGGAUGUCAUGGCAUUAAACCCCUUGGGAGAGCAAUAUGAUUUCGUUUCCUCUGCCAUUCUUGCGCGCUGGCAUGGUUUCAUUGACCUCGAGACUGGAAUCCGUGGCUAUUCGGUGUGUGUAGGUACUGAACCUUUGUUGUGUGAUGUAACCAACCUGGUUAGCGCCGGGAGAACGGCGAGUCACGCUUGGUAUAAUCUGAGUUUGAUUCACAGUGAAGAAUAUUUUGUGUCGAUAAAAAGUACCAAUAAUGCUGGGAUUUCUACCAAUCUCACGGCUUCGCAACCUAUUGCUGUAGACAAAACGGCUCCACCAUUGAGUGAUGUUAUCGACGGCUCUGGAGAAGCCGGAGAUAUUGACUACCAACAAAGUCGCACGCACGUGUCUGCUUCGUGGUUUAACGUUGAAGAUCCCGAGAGUGACAUCAUCACCCUCACGUGGUGUGUCGGAUCCAGGCCUCGAUCAUGCGACCUGCGUCCCAGGACCUCGUUGGACGUUACCGCAACUAAAUCAUCGACGUAUCUGAAGCAACCAAUGAAAAACGGGGAAAGGUAUUACGUCACAGUCACAGCAAUUAAUGGCGCAGGUUUGACCACUGUGAUGGUAUCAGAUGGUGUUACAGUUGACUACACACCACCACGUGUUGGGAUGGUUAUUGAUGGUCAAGGUGAUGAUGUUGAUUAUCUCAAAGGUGGUGACACUGUCUACGCUCGAUGGUCUCAAUUUGAAGAUCCAGAAAGUGGUAUUAAUUCAUACCAGUUUGCUCUAUGUGAAAAAGAAAAUAUGACAGCUUGUCCAACAGCGUUUUCCGACACGGGACUUCAGACCAACAUAAGCUUAUCAGGGACGGAGUUGCAGAGCGGUAGAGAAUAUGUGAUUAUAGUUCGUGCUAUAAAUGUGGUUGGUUUAAGGACGGAUGCCACAUCAGAUGGAUUCACUGUUGACACAACAGCACCUGUGUCUGGGCGAGUCGUGAUUGUCGUUCCAUCACCAAGUAACUUCGAUAUCCAUCAGAUCACGGCAAGAUGGGAGGACUUCAUGGAUGCUGAGUCAGAUAUCUCUCAAUACGAAGUCUGCCUCGGCACAGGACAAGAGGAAUGUGAUGAGAUUGAGUUCCAGUCCGUUGGUUUGAGCAUGAAUUAUACUUUCACUGGCCACAAAUUACGUCAUCAGGAGACAUAUUACGUCACGGUCAGAGCAACAAACAAUGCAGGAAUGUCUGCAUUUGCAACGUCGAAUGAAAUAAAGAUUGACGUCACUCCGCCACUACCAGUAAAACAAAUGAGUGGCAUUUCGUCUGAUCUGGACGAGAUCUGUGUCAAUGCGGUCUCGGAAAGAUCUUGCAAUAAGACUAAAACAGAUACGAAAGAGAGUGCCCAAAUAACGAUUUCUUGUGCAAGUGAUUUGAUCAAGGCCUCGUGGCUGGAACAUGAAGACAAAGAAUCUGGCAUUGUUUUGAUCGAGUGGUGUGUUGAGAGCAUAAACAAUUUGUGCAACAUACAACCUUGGCAAGAAAUACCGACCAAUCUACUAUCGAAAUCUGCUGUUUUCCCCUCACUUUCUACCCUAACUAGUGUCCGAGUUGUCGUUAGAAUCACCAAUGGUGUUGGCAAUAAAGCAGUGCUCGAAUCCGCCGCAUGUAACCCGGUGAAGAGCUUCCCUGCUGAGCUCCGUGUUACUGAAGUGAUUAACUUGAACCACUCAAUGACCGAUAUAGAUUACCAAACCGACACCGAAGGGAUUAUAGUCACGUGGUCGCCCAGCACCGUAACGUCAUAUUCUCGUGUCCAGGCCGCAUUAACCGAGCCGAAAGAAGACUUGAACAUCAGUGAUUCGCUGCAUCAGAUAUGGAGCGGUGAGCCGUUUGCUUACGAGUUCGUGGAUAUUCCUCGAGGAAAGGAACACAUCAGAUUCAGUGGGGAGAAGAUUAAACCAUACAGGAAAUACCGCCCGGUGAUCAAACAUUGUAACAAGGAUGGUUUGUGUAGAGAUUCCUUCGGAGAUGGGGUUGUGAUAGUACCUGAUGCACCACCAGCUGCACAGGUAAACACCACGGAUGCAUUUGUUGGUACGGAACAGAAACGAUGGCAGGAAUUCAUCAAUAUUCCUAGUUUGUCCCGAAGUUUGGUUGAAGAUACGUAUUUCCUUCCUGAUCCAUUCAGCGUUCUUAUCAAAGCAAACCUAGAGGACCCGAAUGCGAAUGAAGUUUUGAAACAACAUAUCAGAGUUACCGUCCAAGCUAGCGUUUACAGGAUCACCUCCGGCGCCAAUGAAACACGAAACGAAACGAUUGAUAUUCGACAUAUUUUUGAUCAUUCUCAUAUACACGAUGACGCUGAUGUUUGCUGUGAAAGGACGAACAAGGAGCCCCGUACAGUUUACCCUGAUCAACAAAUUAAACCCGUUCGAGAAACAAAGGAAUUCGGUUCGUCUGUGAGUUCUUUGAAAGACAGCUUAAUUAUAGCAUCAUCUCAAAAUUCUGCAUACGUUUUCUCGAAAGGAUCCUAUGAAAGCACACCUGUUACUUUAGUAACGUUCAACUCAACUAUGAAUGGAAGUUUUGUGAAAGUUAAAGGGUUCAAAGAUAUUGCUUUGAUAUCAGGCGACGGAAAACUGUUCUUGUACAAAAUAGAUACUGAAGAUCUAGCUCGAAGUGCACGGAUUUUAACAAUAACUAAUUGCAACCAGACGACUACAGGCCCACCCGAACAAUGUGCCGACAACGACCGAUGGUCUUUUUCGGAAGACGUCGGAAAGGAGUUUGCUUACGACGGUGAUGAAAUGAUUGCUGUCAGCGGAAGGCAUCCACAACAUGGGUACGGCGUUGUUGCUAUAUUUAGAAAUGACUCUAAUAUCUGGCGAUUGGAACAAGUACUGGGAUCGCAAGAGAACGACUCGUCGUUUGGAAAGGCCGUCUCGAUGAAUAAAGAUUUCCUAGUGGUGGUAGGUUCUGGAAUAUAUGUACAUACAAGAAUUCCAGACGGUUCAUGGCAAAAUAACACAGUUCUUUCCAUGAAAUUGUACAAUGAAGUUCCAGACAAUAUCUACUUAACGGAGCGAAAUGAAUUAUUCCUUCUGUCGACCUCAGACAGAACAUUGAAAGUUUUUGAAUUGCGACUACCCGCUUUUGCGGUGAGAAGAUGCGAACACGUUCUUUCAGUACUUGUUGAAUUGAGUGGAGAUUUCGACGUGUUUGAAGGUAAUACCAGUGUUUUUGCAAUCGGUAUCAUGUUUGAGGGUCACGACGGAGCUGAGUUGGGUGUUUAUGAACCUGGGAACAGGUGCGCAAAGAUCGGAAGAGUGCUGACUAAAAAUGGUCUUCGUUUUGAUGAUGGUAAGGCAACGGCAUCCGUUGCAAUCACAGGGCGACACGUUGUGAUCGGCAGUCCAGGUUUACACACGUGGCCGAGCGAUUACGUGGAUGCGGGGACUGGACGCGUGUAUGUGACGUCAGUCUGUUCACGGAAUUUCGUACGUAGGAAGGUGUCCGAGCUUGGACACAAAGAGACAGUGGAGUGUGUCGCUUGUGGCGAUGGGGAAGAGGCAUACCCGGGAUUUGAGGAGAAAUGUGUGAACUGUAGCCGGAGUAUUUGUUUGGAAAACUCGGAGGAUCUUAGAUUCAGGGUUUCACAUUGUGAUAAAUAUCCUUGUGGGUUGCAUAAUAAUCGUAGAAUACGCCAGAAUAUUUAUCGAGCUAAUCGUACCGUCACCGAGUCUGCGCCGAGCUUUGGUGAAGAUGGAUAUUACCUUCCUGGAUCAGAGCAGAGCUAUUACAUUAGGAUCACUCAGAAGUCGGCUUCAGGGCGCACGACUACCUCCGACAGCUUUCCGUUCUCUCUGGACAACACCUCGCCCGAACCUGGGUCGGUCUACGACGGCUUGGGUAGCGACGAAAACCGAAACUGUUCCGCGAAUACGACGCUGAGUUCCGAGCACCAAUGCUCGAGCCGAAGUUUCUCGGAAACUGAUUUGGAUUUCACGAACAACACCGCGUCCAUCAGUGCUCGUUGGAUCGAUUUUCGGGACAACGAGAGUGACAUUGAACAUAUGUUCUGGUGCAUCGGUUCCAGGCCACUUCGAGAUGACAUCAUGGGGUGUGAAAAUGCAACGAACCAUCCUAACCGGACUCUGACAGGACUGUCGCUGCAGCACAAUGAUUCCUACUAUGUGACAGUGUUGGCAUGUAAUUAUGCUGGAUUAUGUACGGCCAAAUCAACUGAUGGCGUUUUGAUCGACACCACGCCACCCGUUAUACAUUACGUCAGAGAUGGACUGAUCGGUCCAGAUAUCGAUUUCCAGGUAUUCACGAAUAUCAUAUUUGGCAACUGGGCAGCGGAGGAUCCAGAGAGCGGCAUAGUUUCGUACGAGGUCGGCUGGGGCUCGUCUCCGGGACUUGACGACCUCUGGGAGUUUCAAGAGAUCGGAAACGGCGCCGCGUAUUAUGCAAAAUUCAAACACGGAGAUCUUGUGAAGGGGAAUAGAUAUUACGUCACCGUAAAAGCCAUAAACGCUGCAGGAUUGGAGUCUGAGCCUGUUUCCUCGAAUGGCAUCGUGGUUGGAAAGACAGAAUUUGUCUUUGCGAAGAAUGAUUCCGGGUCAUUUUUCUUCGAUACCAUGAAUGUGAACUCCAACGAGACACGAGAAAAGGAGUCGGGUAUUGGUAAUACAUUUGGAACUUUAGAUGUUCCCUCUGGAGCCGUCGAAGAUGAAGUGAAAUUUCAGGUUUAUAGUCUUGGAAAAAAAGAGUUGAACAAUGGAACCGACGAUAAUACGACAGUUGUUGAUCCUGCGGUCAUGAAACCACCAAAGCAUUUCAAAUUGGGCAACUACAGUUUCCAGAUCAAAGCUUACGAACCAGAAAACAAUACUUUGCAAGACAAAUAUCGUUUCAAGAAACCGAUUACCAUCUCGUUGUUUUACGACGUCGAUCAAAUGUUAAAAGGAAACAAGAAAACUGUCAGCAAUGAAGUAACUAACAAUGAUAUCGACCCCGUGCUGCUGUUAUGGGACACUAAAAAUCAAACAUGGUUCGAUGCAGCGAAAACCUGCCCUGAGCCAUGGAGCUUCAUCGAUCACGCAGCAAAACUUCUCAAAGUCCACGUCUGUCAUUUGACUCAAUUUGCACUAUUCUGGACGUUCAAAGCGGAGAACGGGAUUAUAGAAUUUCACAAAGACAUCAAUGAUUCCUUGACUAGCGAGUCAAAACACGCCAAAUUCGAGGGAGACAACAACACUAUCAUUUACGACCCCGAGCAAUAUGGCGGUGAGAUGAUCCUCAACAUUAUACGACGCAAGGGCUCUACGGGUAGCAUCAACAUCACGUGGGCUGUCACCAGCCAACCAGGUGCCAGCAUUCCAUUCACCUAUUCCCCAAUGGGAGGUCAGCUUAGUUUCCUGGAAGGCCAAUGGAAUACAUCGAUUCAUCUGAAGUUUAACAACUUUCCAUCCAAGAUGAGUGAAGUCAUAUUGUUUGUGGAGUUUUUGAACGUAUCUGGAGGUGCGAUGCUGGGGAAUGUACGCAAAUUGAGAAUCGUUUUUCCUGCUAAGGUCGAGGAAACGGAGGACAGCAAUGUUAUAUUGGAGAUCGUAGUCCCAUGUAUCGUUGCUGCUUUGGUGGUCAUUGCCAUAAUAGCUGCUGUCAUUUUUGUCAGAAAACGCCGCAGGCAAAAACUUGAGCCAGCAUUCAAACGUGGAGACAAUCCUAUCUACGGACAAGUCAUCAGUCGAACUGAUGGCCUUCGCGAACGACCGGAACAGACCGCCGAAACGUCGUUCACCCGAGACAAAGGUCACGAUAAUCCGGGCCAAGACCACGACCCCUCCCACUGAGAGGAAGAUUGUAGACGUAGGGGAUUUUUGCGGGAAUAAUUGGAUGUCCUGUAGUAAUGGUGGAAAUCGAGACAAUUAUUUCAAUUGUAUUAUAAACUAGACUGAGAGUAUACCCUAGGGAAAUAAGGGUUAUGCAUAAUGCCUUUUAGGCUGCAGC